AUGGCACACUCCCUCCCCUGGGACGUGGCCACGGCUGUUUGUGCGGCUCCCAUGAUCUUGGUCGCCUCCCUCACCCCGUUUGUACCAGAGUCCCCCUAUUGGCUGAUCCGCCGAGGUCUGAAGGGCGCUGCAUUGGAGUCUCUCAAGAAGUUAAGGGGUCCAACCGAAAAUAUAAACCUCGAACUUCAGGAAAUAUCAUCAAGCAUCCAAGGAAUACGCCAGAUUACAAUAAAGGAUCAGAUCAAACAACUUGCCAGGCCUCAAAAUUAUCGUCCAUUUCUGCUGUUGACGGCAAUCUUCAUCCUGAGGGAGCUCGGAGGGCAGUACGUGGUCUUCUCCUACACGGUGUACUUCUUCCGGAAGGCGGGCGUCGGCCUGGACGCCUUUGUCUGCACAGUCCUGGUGGGCGUCGUGAGGCUCGUCUUCACAGUGGUCGGCGCGGCGGUAGUGGACCGCGUCGGGCGUCGCCCUCUGCUGAUCGCCACGUCUCUCGUGUGCGGAGCGGCCGAGGUCGUCGGCGCGAUAUUCCUGCUAGUGGACGUCCCCGGGUCUUCGUGGGUCCCGCUCGCAGCGGUGAUGAUUUUCGUGUCCUCGUACGGCCUUGGAAUCGGCCCUAUACCCUGGGCUCUCAUGGGUGAACUCAUUCCCACUCCUGUGAGAUCAAUUGGAAAUUCAGUGUGCAUCAUGGACCUUUCAGUUUUCAGCUUUGUCAUUAGCUUCGUCUUCCCGUAUUUGCUGGUAAUUGGUCUAUACUUCAUUUUAUAUCUACUAAUGGGUAUACCUAAAUACUAAAAAUAUAUUUUGCUCUUUGUAUGAAUACAGAAGAUAAUAUUUACAUUUCCAACGGACAUUUUUAUUAGCUCACUUCGAUGGUGUGAGUAGCUCCUGUAUUUUGGAAUCCUCGCAAAGCUCCUGCCACCGAAGGAAACGCGUGAAUGCGGGAUGAGCCCCGUCUGGCGUGUGCGGCAACCGUGCUGAGGAGGAAUGGAAAUCACUACAGCCUGGACGUGAGCGGUUA